AUGAACCGCCUCAGCAGUAGUAGUAGCUGUAAAAGUAGCAGCGUUAUUAGUAGUUGUAAUAGUAGUAGCAGUAGAAGUAGCAGCAAAAGUAGCAGCCUUAUUAGUAGCUGUAAAAGUAGCCGCAGUAGUAGUAGUAGUAGUAGUAGUAGCAGUAAAAGUAGAAGCCUUAUUAGCAGCAGAAACAUUCGCAGCCUUAUUAGUAGCUGCAACAGUAACAACAGCAGUAAAAGUAGCAGCCUUAUUAGUAGCAGUAACAGUCGCAGCCAUAUUGGUAGCAGUAAAAGUAGCAGCAGCAGCAGCAGCAGUAGUAGCAGUAGCAGUAGCAGCAGUGGUCGGGGCGCAAUCGAUAUGACCGAUUCCUCAAGAUUCCCCGAUUUCCUGAGAUCUUGGAAUACGCUCAAAUCCUCUGAAGGCUUUAUAUCCUGGAAUACGCUCAAAUCCUCUGAAGGAUUUACUUUUGGAAUACGCUCAAAUCCUUUGAGGGUUUUAGAUCUUGGAACACGCCCAAAUUCUUUGCAGGAUUAUUAUAUCUUGGAAUAUGCUGAGUAA